UUUUGCUGCCAUUGAUGUGGGCCAAACGAAUGCGACCAAAAAUAUAUUGUUUGUUUGUAAGAAAUCUAUCAUUAGACAAAAAUGACACACGUGGGAUUUCAAACGCAAAUAGCUGGUAUAAUAGAGGACCUUGCCAAUGCCGCUGUUGCAGAAAUUUGUAAAGUUGUGGAGAAUGGCUACGCUGUUUUACAAAUAGAAAUAUCUCAAAGCCGCAAACAAAACGACGCUUUAAAAAGAAAGAUACAGUUGCUAGAGGCUGACAGGGAUUUUGCGUCGAAAUACAACCGGGAUAGACUCCCAUCAGUUAAUCAAACUUGUAAGAUUCAUGUUAAAAAGUCACCGAAAAAGAGAACCAGAACAGGGGAUUUGUACACAUUCUCACAGAUGCAAUUUACAUCACAUCACUUCAAUCAAUCUCCAGUCAAUCAUCAUCUCAACUGCCCACUACUAUUACAUGAUGUUUUGCCAGACAAUCCUGACAAUGAAGCAGCCGAAGUUCAUCAAAUGGAUGGAACGCUUGGAUUCAACAGUGAAGAUGGCAGAAAAAUAAAUCCUGGUUGCACAGUGGGGGUUAUUCCUGAAGUCAUAACAAUCAAAGAAGAACAAAUGGUGGACACAGGAGACUGUAUACAUGUGGAUGACCUGGAAGUGCAACAACACGGAAACAAGUCAUCAGUGGAUGCUCAGCACAGAACAAUAGACACGAUGCCGGAAAUGUUGGACUGCAGAAACAUAGAGUGUGCUGCCGUUGACACAGGUGAACGUAUCAAGGAUGAGAACCUUGAUGCUUAUAUGAAAGAUGAUGAGCCCCAUAUAUUUGAAGAAUCAGGAAUGCAAGAAGACAAAAGGGACACUCUCUCAGAAACACACGAAGGAUUAUCAACAUCGUAUAGAGGCAGCAAUGACACCAUCAGCCAACAUUCUUUGUUAAACCCUGGCCAUGACACAGACUCCUUCAGCGAUUUCCAUCCUGUCAACUCUCCAUGCCAUGAAGGAAAUAGCUCCAACUGUUCCUACACCACAGCAACAGACCUACACCAAGAGAAAAUGUAUCAUGUUGACAGUUUCAGGCACAGAAGCGAAUUGUCCAGAGACCCUGGAAUUGUAGCCCUGGAACCAACCAUGGUUGGUGAAAUGCCUUCACUGAGUUCUGUUUCCACCACUCUAGAGUACACAGGCAUUCAGCACAGACCGCAUAAGCAGUGGUUUGUGGGUAAGAAGGGGGGCAAGGCCUGCCCGAGUGGCAGCAGUCUAAUCGAGCACCAGCGAGUGCAUUCGGGAGAUCGCCGCUUUGUUUGCCCUCUUUGUGGCAAAAGCUUCACGCAGGCAUCCAGUCUCAAAAAGCACCAGAGCAUUCACACAGGGGAGAAGCGCUUCCGGUGUUCACACUGCGGGAAGCACUUCUCGGACCCCAGCAACCUCCGCAAACAUGUCAGCAUUCAUACUGGAGAAAGACCCUUCCGAUGUGGUCAGUGCGGAAAAACAUUUAACCAGUCGUCCAACCUUAAAACACACAUGAAGAUUCACACAGGUGAAAAGCCCUUCAGUUGUGAGGGCUGUGGCCAGGUGUUUGCCUAUAAGAUAAGUUUAGUGAAUCACCAGCUUAAGAGCUGCCUUGGUGAGCAGAAUUUGAUGGGACAAUUGCACAUGGCUCCCAUGGAGAAAAGACUGGAUUCUAGUAUUUAAUUUCCUUCAAAAGGCCAUGGGUCAAUUUGUAAUAUGCAAAUAUGUUUGUGAAAAGAUAUUUGUACUUGGGUAGAUGAUUGACACACAGGUAAUUUGGUUCAUCUGCAAUGUUGUGGUCAAUGGCCUGUAUCUGAAGUUCAUUAACAGUGAUUCUUUACAUCUACUCCAGCCUCUAUUGUUGAUAGAAGUUAUUUAAUGUUCUCAUGUCAUGUCAUGUCUAAAAUGUCACACUUGGUUAUAUUAUGUACCGUCAUGCAGUACAUUUAGCAUUUUACCUCACCUGAACAUGAACACUCAUUUUAAACCACCAUGACAUUUGGAUGAAUAUUCAAAAUGCUGAAUCUUUUUCCUGUAUGUGACCACAAUAUACCCCAGCAAAAUAAUGUUAUGAUGAAGUUAAGGUUAGUUGGAAUUUACAUCAAGUAAUCCCCUUCACUGUACUGUCAACACACACAUUUGACUAUUUAUCAAACAUUAAUAAAGUGCCUGCAGUGCUACACCUCACCUUGCGUGGUGUAAUAUACGUAAAACAGGUUGUGUAGAUUUAAGGUGUCUGGGAUCCCUUAUUAAUGUCAUCACAUUUCUACCCCCACAGAAAGAGGGGAAAACAGCUAUGUAAUACUGUUCCACAUUAUUGUAUUGUAAAAGAAAACAUAUAAAUUAACAUUCCACCCCAUGGGCCCUAAUUUGAGUGAUGGAUAAAGUGAAAAGUCUUAUAACAGCUAAUUUACUUGGCAAUAUCAACCAAAACCUACACCAUGGUUAAGACUUUUACUGUAUAUAUACCACUAUCCAACUCUGUCUCAUCCACUGCGGUCCAGAGUGUCUGCUGUGCUGGCCGUCCAUUAAUGCUAAAACAGUCAAGACUGUUUUCUUCAGUGAUCCGUCAUUGGUGGAAUGAGUUAACAAAAGCACCUUGUGCUGUUUUUAGGACUUUCAAGGCAAUUGGUUUGAAAAUAGAACUACUCUGCUAACUCCCACAGAACAAAUAUCAAAACAUACAUUUUCUACCAUUGCUUACACGUAUUUCCAAAGCUCUCUCUCUCUCUUUUUUUUAAUA